UCUCUGGAGUCAAUCUUCAUCCUGGAGAAGGCAGAGGAGACUCUGCUAAAGAGUGCACAUGUGUGUGUGUGUGUGUGUGUGACACACACACACACACACACACACACACACACUAGCACAAUUUGACAUAAACUAACACACUGGUUUAAUCUCCAGUCUGAACCUACAACCACACCGCAACACCCCGACAGAGGUGUGUGUGUGUGUGUGUGUGUAUGUGUGCGUUCUGCGCUACGCACUUUGCGUAAGCCCUGCGCGUGCCCCUCCUCCUCCUCUCCUGCAAACUGCUUGUGCGCAGUUUCCAGCAUGUGAAGCUCGCGUGCGUUGUGUGCGCUAAUCACAGCUCCGCGCGCGCUCCGGUUCCACGGAUUUACUGAAGAAAACCCCGUGGUGGAAGCCCGAGCGCGAGCGGGACUGACCGAUGAGUGGUGUGACACCUAUUUUCAGAAGACAGAAGGUUGAAACUACUUAUAAGACCCUUUAUUUCUCACUGGUCCAUUUGUAUAUUAUAAUGAAUAUUUAAAAAUAAAGUGUAAACACCUCCUGCUAUUCCAGUGCUGGUAGAUCAUAUUUUUUCAAAUAAGGGGGUGGGACAUGACUCAUUGGCCAUGUGGGCUGCCAUGUUAACAGGCCUCUGUAGCCCCUUCCCCCUCCUCUGGUUAGUCCAGCUCUUGUUAUGGCCAUAUCUCAGUGGACCCCAACUGGCUGAGGCGACUCCUCCUUGCCCCACCCCCUGUAGCUGCUCCAAUCAGGCGAGCCGAGUGAUUUGUACCAGGAAGGGAUUGGACGAAGUCCCGCAAAGCAUCUCAGUCAACACACGAUACCUCAACCUGCAGGAAAACUCCAUACAGAUGAUCAAAUCUGACACCUUUAAACACCUGAGUCACCUGGAGAUCCUUCAGCUGUCAAAGAAUCACAUUCGUCAGAUUGAAGUUGGAGCAUUUAAUGGCCUCCCAAACCUCAUUACACUUGAGCUUUUUGAUAAUCGUCUGCCUUUGGUCCCAUCGCAAGCAUUUGAAUAUCUCAGUAAACUGCGUGAACUCUGGCUGCGAAAUAAUCCAAUAGAAACCCUCCCAGCCUAUGCUUUUCAUCGUGUCCCUUCUCUCCGUCGCUUGGACCUCGGUGAACUGCGGAAGCUCAGUUUCAUCUCAGAGGCGGCCUUUGAAGGACUAGUCAACCUCCGCUUUCUGAAUUUGGGAAUGUGUGGACUGAAAGAUGUUCCCAACUUGACACCACUCGUCAAACUUGAGGAACUUGAACUUUCAGGAAACCAACUUGGAGUUGUUCGUCCGGGAUCAUUUCAAGGUCUUGUUUCACUGCGCAAGUUAUGGCUUAUGCAUUCACGCAUCUCACUGAUUGAACGCAAUGCUUUUGACGAUCUGAAAAACCUUGAGGAGCUCAACCUGUCCCACAAUUCUUUGCAUUCACUGCCCCAUGACCUUUUUACACCAUUGCAACAGCUGGAAAGAGUUCACCUGAACCACAAUCCCUGGGUUUGUAACUGUGAUGUUCUCUGGCUCAGUUGGUGGUUAAAGGAAACAGUGCCAGAUAACUCCACCUGCUGUGCCCGCUGCCAUGCUCCACCUGGGACCAAAGGACGCUACAUCGGAGACCUGGAUCAGAGAGACUUUACUUGCUAUGCCCCUGUGAUCGUGGAGCCUCCAACUGAUCUGAAUGUGACUGAGGGAAUGGCAGCAGAGCUGAAGUGCCGAACCGGGACAUCCAUGACCUCUGUGAACUGGUUAACUCCUAAUGGAACCCUAAUGACUCAUGGUGCUUACAAAGUACGAAUCUCAGUGUUACAUGACGGCACCUUGAACUUCACUAAUGUCACUAUGCAGGACACUGGUCCAUACACUUGCAUGGUGACCAACUCUGCUGGAAACACUACAGCAACUGCUGUCCUAAACGUGUCUGCCUCUGACCCUGGCAAUGGAUACAGCUACUUUACAACAGUCACGGUGGAAACAGUGGAGACAGGGCAGGAAAGCCACGACUCUGCUCGACAAUUUGUCAAUGAAACCUUUAUUAAUUUUCCAGGACCAACAGCAUCCUCAGGUUCAACAGGACCUUCAGGAUCUGUACCAUCUUCUCUGUCACCUCAUGUUACUCGUGCUCCAGAGCGACCUUUCACAGUUUCCAUCACUGAUGUUGCUAAUCUUUCAGGUCUUGAGGAUGUAAUGAAGACAACAAAAAUCAUAAUCGGCUGUUUUGUGGCCAUCACUUUCAUGGCUGCUGUGAUGCUUGUGGUUUUCUACAAACUAAGAAAGCAGCACCAGCUGCACAAGCACCAUGGUCCUGCCCGUGCCAUUGAGAUCAUCAAUGUUGAAGAUGAAAUGGGCCCAACAGGGGGUGCAAGUGGCAUUGCAGGUGGUUCCACACUUCACUCCGGGGCAGGACCAGGAACUGGGGGUGGACCUGGGCCAAAUCUUCAACUCCAUGACCCAGAAAUCGUCACUCUGCCCAACAUUGGAUGCUCAGAUCAUGUCAAAUACUACAUCAAAUCUCAACACUUUAACAACAAUGUCCUGAAACUCAACAUGGGGGUGGGGCACACUGGCAACAAGACAAGCCCCUCCUCCAAAAAACAGGCUCCAUCCAAUAAUCAGACAGCCACAUGUAUUGACUCCACUAAUCCAGGAUCUGUCUCUCCGCCGUUACCCAUUCCAAUCCCAAUGGCGAUGACUUUCCAUGGAACACUGAAGAGUUUAAGCCACACCCCCUGCUCUCAGAACGAGCCUCUGCUGCUGUCCAAUGGGUCCAAGGAGAGUGUUCAGGAGACACAGAUCUAAACACACACACACACACACACACACACACACACACACACACACACACACACAACGAAGUGUUAAGGAGCCAGUGGAUACUGACAUACAGACUUUUCUGGGAGUUUCAUUCUAGGGAUAUGGAGGAUUACGAAUUCAAACGUUGUUUGUACAAAGAAUUGUGAUGGAAUUGGCACUACUGCGACAUGUGCCAAAGAAAAAGCCUUUUGUUUUUGCAGUUUCUACAAAGUUGUAUCUGUGUAUAAAAUAUAGUCUAUAAUCCAA